CUCUGGUCAUAAACUCUGAUUCUUCCCAUGCUGGCAUGCUGAGAAAGGAGUCACCUCUGCUUUAAAAGAAAAAAAAAGUUUCUUAAAACUUCUAGGAUAUUAAGAUGCCUCGAUCUUUCCUGGUGAAAAAACACCUCAGUCACAAGAAGCCCAACUAUGGCACGCUGGAUUCACAGAGUGGUGAUCCUCACACACAAGUGAUCCCUGUGCUGUCCUCGUGCUCCAAACUCACCUCUCCUUAUCCUGAUGAAAGUUUUAUUCCUGGGCUACUGAACCAAGCCAUAAGGUCAGCGUCACAGAUGAGCUCUAUUUGUGCCGUGAUUGAACCGCAGCCUUUACAGGACUCCAGACUGCUUUCAGAAGGACACGCUUGCACCCGAGCUGUGAGUCAGAGCCCACUGAGAGCCUGUGAGCCUGCAGCACCUCAGCGUCAUCAGAACAGCAAAGCUUUACAGGACAGCGUGGUGUCUGAUGUUACCGUUUCCCUGUUAGGACUUGCUUCAAAGGCCAACAUCCAGGAACACUUUGAGUGUUUUGACUGUCAUAAAACCUAUUUCACCUUCUCUGGCCUGGCCAAACACAGACAGCUCCAGUGUGAGUGGCCGUGUCAGAAAUACUUCAGCUGUAAGUACUGCGACAAGGAGUAUGUGAGCCUCGGCGCUCUGAAGAUGCACAUCCGCACACACACACUGCCAUGUGUGUGUAAGCUGUGUGGGAAAGCCUUCUCCCGGCCCUGGCUGCUUCAGGGACACAUACGCACGCACACAGGUGAGAAGCCAUUCUCAUGUCCUCACUGCAGCCGGGCAUUCGCUGAUCGCUCAAACCUGCGCGCUCAUCUGCAGACACACUCGGACGUUAAGAAGUAUCAGUGCAGGAGCUGCUCAAAGACAUUCUCCAGAAUCUCUCUUCUGUCCAAACACGAGGAGGCUGGCUGUUGCCCGACAUCCUGAUGGUCAAGCACUACCUUCUAUCAUCACACCAUGACACUCGAGUCCCUGGUUUCUCUCAGCUCACCUGAACCCCUGCUGAUGUUUAUAUAUGAGAGGAAACUGAAAGUCUGCACUGUAUUAACUCAUUUUAGAGACACUGUUGCUUUAAGAUUUGUAUAAUUGUAAGUGUUUGUGUGUAAGUGACUUGCAUGUCUCUAUUUUUUUUUUUGAUCUUCUGUUCAAGAUUUUG